GGGGCAAGGACAAUGUCUCGUCCACGGGCCGAAGCGCCCGUCAUCGGACUCGGCCGCGAGAGCCGGCGGCUCGCAGUCCGCGACGCACUGGUUGAUUCAUACGUUUCGAUGACGGUCCGUCUCUGCAGCGCUGCGCCGACCGUCGAACCACCGGUGGAGACUUCUUCACGACCAGCAGAGCAGUCCGCACAGUACUACUUAUAGCAAGCCUGAACUGUUAUCGUUAAAUAUUAUUAAAUCGUUUCCUUUUUUUUUACGGUUUCUACUCAACGUGCUGCGGGACUGGCGCUUUCGACAAUACUACACACUUAAUUAUAAUUUUAUUUCCUUCGUCGUUAUCACGCGUGCACGUGCGCUAUCUCCCUCUCUCUAUCUCUAGUAACAUAUCAACGAUGUACGGGCUUUUAUUGGAAAACCUCUCGGAGUAUAUAAAAAAAAUGUACGGCGAAGACAGAUGGGAGGAGAUCCGCCGAAUGGCCCAGGUGGAGCAACCUAGUUUCAGCGUGCACCAAGUUUAUUGCGACUCGCUCAUACCUCGGAUAGCGGAAAAAUCGCAAGAAGUACUCGGAAUCACGGAAAAAGAAUUUUUCGAGCAAAUGGGAGUUCAUUUCGUCACGUUCGUCGGCCAAUACGAGUACAAUCGUAUACUGUCGGUGUUGGGACGUCACAUGCGAGAUUUUCUAAACGGUUUGGACAAUUUACACGAGUACUUGAAGUUCUCGUAUCCGAAGAUGCAAGCGCCGUCGUUCAUCUGUGAAAACGAGUCCAGACACGGGUUGACGUUGCACUAUCGCAGCAAACGCCGCGGUUUCGUUUACUACACCAUGGGUCAGAUUAAACAAGUGGCCAGGCACUAUUACCACAAGGAGAUGCGCAUCGAACUGGUAUGUGAAGAGUUCCUGAACGAUACGUUGCACGUGACGUUUCAGCUGGAAUUCGACAAUAGAGCGUUCACAUUGGCGUCCAUGACGAUGACCCGAGAAGAGAAACAUCUGCCAAUCAGUGCGUCGGUGCUGUUCGAAAUAUUUCCGUUUUGCAUUGUGUUCAGUUCCAACAUGGUUGUCCAUAGCAUCGGAAAUUCGCUGCUGGUCAUCCUACCAGAUUUGGUUGGUAAACAGAUCACCAAUUGGUUCGAAUUGGUCAGACCUUUGAUAGCUUUUAAAUUUCAAACAAUACUGAACCGGACGAACAAUAUCUUCGAGUUGGUCGCUUUGCAGCCCGUGGUCUCCGAUCGGCCCAUUGACCGGCAGUUCAUUCUGAACAAUGAAACCGACGUUUCACUGGAAGAAAACAAACUGCGACUGAGAGGACAAAUGAUUUACAUGGACAAUUGGCAAAUGAUGAUGUACUUAGGUACGCCGGUGAUGCCUAAUCUCACGGCUCUGGUCACUACCGGCCUGUACAUAAAUGAUCUCUCCAUGCACGACUUCAGCAGGGACUUAAUGUUGGUAGGGACACAGCAGUCGGCUGAGCUGAAACUGGCCCUGGACCAGGAGCAGUCAAAGUCGAAAAAACUGGAAGAAUCGAUGCGUAAACUGGACGAAGAAAUGAAACGCACGGACGAGCUGCUGUACCAGAUGAUACCCAAACAGGUGGCCGACCGGCUGCGGAAGGGCCAGAACCCUAUUGAUACGUGUCAGAUAUUUAACAGCGUGUCGAUAUUGUUUUCGGACAUUGUAACAUUCACCGAGAUCUGCAGUAGAAUCACGCCGAUGGAAGUGGUGUCAAUGCUGAACGCCAUGUAUUCCAUAUUCGACCACCUUACCGAGCGCAACGACGUUUACAAGGUCGAGACCAUCGGCGACGCGUACAUGGUAGUUUCGGGCGCGCCAAUGACCGAAGACAAUCACGCGGAGAAAGUUUGCAACAUGGCUUUGGACAUGGUCGAAGCGAUAAAAGAUCUAAAAGAUCCAUCAACAAAAUCUCAUUUGCAAAUACGCGUGGGCAUACAUUCCGGCGCCGUAGUAGCUGGCAUUGUCGGCAUGAAGAUGCCGAGAUACUGUCUGUUCGGAGACUCGGUCAACACUGCGUCCCGGAUGGAGUCCACUAGCGAGGCGAUGAAAAUCCACAUAUCUCAAACCACCAGAGACCUGAUCUCGACAUCAUACACGGUCAGCGAACGAGGCGAGAUUUACGUGAAGGGUAAAGGGAACAUGAAGACUUAUUGGCUGGAACACAGUGAAAACAGGUCACCGCUGAACAGACUGCCAGCACUGAUGUACCCCAACGUGUCGGAAGUGUGGAAGCCGAGUGUUGUGAAAAGCAAUGCUAACAUGGACGAUCUAGUGAACGAAAGGAGGAGGACUUCUUCUCCAAAAAUAUAUCAUGAAGUGGCUCGACACUCCAUACCAUGUCUGUCUAUUGAAAAAUAUCACCGAAAAGGCAGAUCGAAUUCAUUGAGUUUUACGCCCGCCAUGCCGCAAAUGAAACUGCAAAGGAUGACGGGCCUGAACAGGAGCUCGUCACCGCUGUCUCCCGCGGACGCGAUGUACAUAAGGCACCGGUUCAAGAGGCACAUGGGCGGAAGAAGCGGUUCUUUGAGCUCGCCGAUUUCGCCGGAAACGCACCGGGAAGAGAGAUCUAAUCUGUCGAUCUCCGAAGCCAUCGCCAACGCCGCGGCCGCCACCACCGCGGCCAUGGAAUCGUUGAGAUCGUUCUCGCCCGAAUUGUUGUCCUCACCGCCGACACCACCAACCCCACCGUCGCCUCCGUCACCCCCACCGACACCACCACCCCCGCCGUCACCACCACCAUCAGCACCACCGUCAUCAUCGCAAUCACCCACAUCAUCAUCACGACCACCCCCACCGCAACCGCAGCCGGAAACGCCACCACAGCAUCCGGUGGUGGCACAUCCGGUUCCGGUCAAAUCCAAUCCCGUACUGGUACACGUGGCCGAUUACGUAUCGCCCGACUGCGUGGACUCUUCGUCAUCGGAAGAGGAGGAGAAGGAGAAGGACGAACAGGUAGGAUCGCCGCGGUCUUUCAUCAAGGACGAACGGUCGUAUCUACUGCAGGAGUCUUCCGAUGAGGAACUUCGCCUGGUGCAAGUGGCCGAGACCGAUUUCACGGAGAAGACCGAGUCCGACGAAUGCGAUGAGCAGAUUUCCCACCUGUACACGAGCCGGUGCGAAGAGCUUUACGCUAGGGCCGCGUUAAGGGACCGAUGCGAGUCGUCGGACAACGAGGAGGACCACGACGAAGACGAGGCGGAGGUGCUGUCUGACGGCGGCGAGGAUCGGCCGAUUGCGAUCAUGGAGAACUCCACGGUAACGACGUCCAAGUCCGACGGACAAAUCAACAAGUUGUGGCGGCGGCGGUUGGGUGGUAAGACGGGCCCGAGCACGUCGAUCAGGAAUUCAUCUAGAAAGAAAUCCCAAUCGCAUUCUUGCUGUUUGGUAUAAGUCAAUACACCCGCGCACAAACACACAAACACACACACCCACACGCACGUCCACGCUACGUAAGGAUCAGAAAAAAUGUUAUGCAUCCCCAGUAGAGCACGGUGUAUCAGCAGAGCUUUUUUUGUACCUGUAUUUUAUCUUUGAUUUUACUCUUUCGGUCGUAUUUGUAUUAGUAUAUUAUACACGUUUUUUAUCGACAAA